AUGCCAGCAGGGGACCACGCAUUUUUAUUCGAUAUUCCGCUUCCAAGUAAAGUUUUCGACACCGUGGCUGGAGCAAACAAUCAAUAUCACACAUACUCUGUCGACGCCAUUAUCGAGCGACGCUUCAAAAGCAAUUUCGUGGUUUCGCAGCCACUUAGGAUUUACCAGGUUUCCGAUUUGGAGACCAGCUAUUUAAGACCACAUUGCCCACUGACUGUCGAGGGCCACUCCAAUGAAAAUAUCCAAUAUUCCCUCUCCAUCACUGACCGGAACGUUCCCUUUGGUUGCACAUUUCCCGUGGAAUGCUGGUUUGCACCGUUGUUGAAAUACGCCAGACUCAAGGCUGUUACAAUCAAAGUAAUUGAGAAACAGAUUGCGCGGUUGGAAGCUACUGCUGAAGAAUCAGUGCGACACAAUGUACGGUUUAUCACUGCAGCACAAACUGAAACUGUUUUCACGAAGGUCAUCGAUUUCUCUGAAAGGGAUGAAUCUGAUUCGGACGGUCUUUCGGAAAUUGAAUGGCACUUUACCACGCCCGUCUCUCUACCUAGGAGUCUUAACGCAUGCUCGCAGAGUGUCUCGACAAGACCCAUCAAGAUUGACCAUGAGCUUUCUAUCACUGCUGAAUUUAGUGAUGAGACGGGGGAAGAGAUAGCCGUGAUCACGGAAAUGAUGCCAUUUAAGAUAUAUAUGACACCCAACGUGAUUGGAGAAAAUGCGUUCGCUCGUGGGCAAGAUAUCCAACAUAUGCAGGGAAGCCGAUGUCCUCCUCCGGCUUACAAUGAUCAUUUUUCGGACUUGAUCUUGUCGGCUGCUACUCAAUCAGAUCAUUGUGAGCACCCGAUGCUAGCGGAGAUCAAUUCUGCGCGGUCUUCCAGUGAGCAAAGUGCGAGUAUUCACACUAUGGACCCAGCCCCCCGAUACGAGCAGGUCGUAUAG